AUGACUGAUACAGAAGUAGCUAUUUCAGGCAGUAGUGUUGGUGCAGGUGGUGAUACAGAAAUUGAUUUAUAUGCAGAUGUCGUAGAAAAUGAAUUGGAAACCGAAACUGGUGAUGAUUACGGAGCUAAUGAUGAACAUCAUCUUCUCUCACAAGAUAAUGAUCUAUACGAUGAUGUAAUUACAACACAAUCAUCAGGAACUGAUUUUACUGACAUAACAAAUACAAUUCAUCAAAAUCUUGAUAAAGGUGAUCACAUAAAUGGAUUAGGAAUUAGUGGGAAUUCAUCAUCAAAUCAUUAUGGUGGAAAACGUAUUUCACUCUAUGUUGGUCAACUUACUUGGUGGACAACAGAUACUGAUUUAUGUGAUAUUAUUCAAGAUUUAGGAAUAACUGAUUUACUUGAAGUUAAAUUUCAUGAAAAUCGUGUUAACGGACAAUCAAAAGGGUUUGCUGUUGUUACUGUUGGUUCUGAAGCAUCAUCUCGAAGUAUUCUAGAGAAAAUACCAAAACGAGAAAUUUAUGGACAAACGCCAACUGUUCUACCAUGUAAUAAACAAUCAUUAAGUUUUUUUGAAGGCACUAGUCGAAAAGAUGGACCUAUGGAACCUAUGCCACAAAUGAGUGCACCACCUCCUCGUCCUAUGGCACGUCCACAAAUUGGACUUCCAUUUCAAAUACCACAUGGUGGCCCAAUGGAUGGACCAUAUCGUUUUUCACAUCAAGGAUCUGUCAUUUUACCAGGAGGACCAGGUGGUAUGGUUCGUCCACCAAUGCAAAUGACUCUUGGUCCACGUGGUCCUAUGCCAGGUGGUCAAAUGGUACUUAAUCGUAUGCCUGGUCUACAUCCACAACAACCUGUAGUUGUCAUGCGACCACCACCACAACAGCAACAGCAACAACAACCUGGUAUGCAUCCAGGUAGUAACGGAUCUCUUGUACGACAUCCUAUUCGACCUGGACCACCAGGCAUACCAGUAUCAUCUAGUUCAAUGUCAAUGAUGCCAGGUCAACAUCCAUCUGCCUAUUAUCCAGGACAACAACCACCUAGUCAAGGACCACCUACACAUAAUGCUCCUAUGUCUGGUCCACCACGUCCUGAUCCAUAUUAUCGUGGUACUGAAGCUCCUACAAGUAUGAUAUCUAUAAGUGAAAAUGAAUUUCAAGAUAUUAUGGAACGUAAUAAAACUGUAUCAAGUAGUGCCAUUGCUCGAGCUGUUCAAGAUGCAUCUGCCGGUGAUUACGGUACAGCUAUUGAAACAUUAGUCACAGCUGUAUCAUUAAUUAAACAAUCCAAAAUUGCUAAUGAUGAUCGAUGUAAAAUAUUAAUUAGUUCUCUUCAAGAUACACUCAAAGGAAUCGAAGAUAAAUCUUAUGGACAACGACAACAUCGACGAAGUCGAUCUGGAUCACCUCGUGAAUCACGCAAGAAACAUCGUCAUCGUACACGUAGUCCACGUGAGCGAAGUGAAUAUCGACGUGUUGAAGAUUACGAUGGAAAAUAUGGUCGUGAUCAUCGACGACGAUGA